CAAUCCAAUUGAGAUGAUUUGGGAGGAGUUGGACCGCAGAGUGAAGGAAAAGCAGCCAACAAGUGCUCAGCAUUUUUUUUUCUCCAUUUAACUAGGCAAGUCAGUUAAGAUCAAAUUCUUAUUCACAGUGACGGCCUAAACCUGGCCUAACCCGGAGGCUGCUGGGCCAAUUGUGCGCUGCCCUAUGGGACUACUAAUCGCGGCCGGAUGUGAUGCGGCCUGGAUUCCAACCAGGUACUGCAGUGACGCCUCUUGCACUUCGGCGCAGUGUCUUAGACCACUGCGCCACUCGGGAGCCCUAUGUGGGAACUCCUUCAAGACUGUUGGAAAAGCAUUCCUCAUGAAGCUGGUUGAGAGAAUGCCAAGAGUGUGCAAAGCUGUCAAGAAAAUUGUAAAAAAAUAAAGAACUCUUGAAUGAGUAGGUCGGAAGGUCUUAGGAAGUACAUGGAUGAGAUGGACCAUGAGCUUAAGGGCACCAGCAUGGGACAGAGCUUCAACCAGCAGCAGGGCACCAAUAAAGUAGGCCCAGCAGCCAAUGGCUGCCCUCGUUCCCCCAGCGGGGAGGGUCUGCUGGGUGAGGAUGAGGAGAUCCAGCCCCUGGACAUAGACCUUAACAUGGUCACUAACCUCCUGGAGUCUCUGAGCUCCCGGGCUGGCCGGGCCGGCCUCUAACCUGCUGCAGAGUCUGGGCAUCCACCUGCCACCCAAUACUUGACCGUUCAUGCUGAACACCUGCCCCUCAACUCUGACCAUUCAUUGAGAACUCUGACCGCUCAUUAUGCCCUAGCAAAGAAAAUCACCCAACACCUAGUUCUUACUGUCUGCGCAGCCUAGAUACACUGCCCUUUAAACCUUUUGCUCACAGAGUACACCAUGGACCACACCAGAAUCAAUAAUGUACAUCAGGACAGUGGUUUGACAACUGGAUAAUGUUUGCCAUUCUGAAUGCAGGAUCUAAAAGGUAACUGUAACCCUACAAUGUUGUCAUCCUAACGUAGAGGCACUUUCACCCCUUUUGGAUAUUUGAAUCUGAUUGUCCUAAAUAUAACAUGUAGUUUAAAAUGUUUUUUUUGUUUUACAGCACUUAAAUCAUUACUUAGUCAAAUAAUAAAGUCGUACAGCACAUUGAUAUAUCAGCUGACGUAAGAAAGGCUAUAUAAAUCUAUUUGAUGUGAUACUUUUUUUGGGACAAAAUGUGCAGUCAUUUUCUAAAUAUAUGAUGUUAAAUGA